AACAAUUAGUCACUAAAUAUUCGGAGUAAUGACUAAUGACCUCCGCUCUUAUCCAAAAUACUGAUUAGUGUCUGUUUUAAAUGAUCCUACCUUAUAAAAACGACGACACAUCUCUCUCUCGUCUUCUUCUUCCUCUAAACCUGUGAAAAACUUUGGAUCAAUCAACAAUGGCGGAUCUCUCUCUUCCUCCCGAUUCCCUCUUCCUCGGCUUCGACAGCUCUACCCAGUCAAUGAAAGCAACUGUGUUGGAUUCGAACCUGAACAUUAUCAAAACCGAACUCGUUCAUUUCGAUUCUGAUCUUCCUCAAUACAAAACCAAAGACGGGGUUUACAGAGACACUACUGUAAACGGAAGAAUCGUAUCUCCAACUCUCAUGUGGGUCGAAGCAUUUGAUCUCAUUCUCCAGAAGCUCUCUAACGCCAAUUUCGAUUUCGCCAAAGUUAUCGCUGUUUCAGGCAGCGGGCAACAACACGGUAGUGUGUAUUGGUCAAAAGGUAGUUCUGAGGUAUUGAGAUCAUUGGAUUCAAAGAGAUCAUUGAAAGAACAACUCGAAAACGCUUUUUCGGUUAAGGAAUCUCCUAUAUGGAUGGAUAGUAGUACUACAUUGCAAUGUAAAGAGAUUGAGAAUGCUGUUGGUGGAGCUAUGGAGUUGUCGAAGAUCACUGGCUCUCGUGCUUAUGAGCGGUUUACUGGUCCGCAGAUACGGAAGCUUUUUAUGACUCAGGGGGAGGUGUAUAAGAGCACGGAGAGGAUUUCGCUUGUUAGCUCUUUUAUGGCGUCUUUGUUGGUUGGAGAUUAUGCUUGUAUUGAUGAAACUGAUGCUGCUGGGAUGAAUUUGAUGGAUAUUGAGAAACGUUGUUGGUCUAAAGCUGCGUUAGAGGCUACAGCGACAGGUUUGGAGGAGAAACUUGGGAAGUUAGCUCCAGCUUAUGCUACUGCUGGUUCUAUUUCUCAGUAUUUUGUUCAGAGGUUCGGUUUUGAAAAGAACUGUGUGGUUGUGCAGUGGUCGGGAGAUAAUCCUAAUAGCUUGGCAGGUCUAACUCUUAGUACUCCUGGAGAUCUGGCGAUCAGUCUUGGAACCAGUGACACGGUAUUUGGGAUUACCAAAGAACUUCAACCCAGUCUUGAGGGUCAUGUGUUACCUAAUCCUGUGGACCCUGAGAGUUAUAUGGUGAUGUUGGUUUACAAGAAUGCUUCUCUCACCCGGGAAGAAAUUCGUGACCGUUGUGCUGAGGGAUCUUGGGAUGUUUUUAAUAAGUAUUUGCAGCAAACACAGCCACUAAACAAUGGGAAACUCGGCUUCUACUACACUGAAAAUGAAAUUCUGCCCCCACUUCCCGUUGGCUCUCAUCGUUACAUUCUUGAGAACUUCUCUGGUGAGUCUCUUGAGGGUGUGAAGGAACAAGAGGUCGGUGAGUUCGACCCUCCCUCAGAGGUUAGGGCAUUGAUUGAAGGUCAGUUUCUUUCAAAGCGGGCUCAUACUGAGAGAUUUGGUAUGCCCUCCCCUCCCCUCCGAAUAAUAGCAACCGGAGGUGCAUCUGCUAACGAGAAUAUCUUGAGUCUGAUCUCAGCAAUCUUCGGAUGUGAUGUAUAUACUGUCCAAAGGCCUGAUUCAGCAUCACUUGGAGCUGCACUAAGAGCUGCUCAUGGCUGGCUCUGCAACAAAAAAGGAAGCUUUGUACCAAUCUCAAAUCUCUACGAAGGGAAAUUGGAAACAACAUCUCUGAACUGCAAGCUCAAGGUAAAAGCAGGAGACGCGAACAUUGCUUCCACCUAUGGUUUGUUGAUGAAGAAGAGGAUGGAAAUAGAGAACAAGCUUGUGGAGAAGUUAGGCCACUUCUGAGAAGAAAAAAACUCACUACUCAAUAAUUCAAAUAACUUAAAGAGUUGAAAGAAUAACAAGUUCUAUCUACUAAAACUAAAAGACAAGUUUGCUUGUUGCUCAAAAUAAAAGCAGAAUACGAUCUUACGAUCUCUGAGUAACAAAUGAUUCGUAAGACAUUGCUCUUAAUCUAGUUUAUGUCAUACACUUAAAUCAUUGAGAGACUUACAUACAAUGAGACACAAACAAAAUCAGAAGAGGCCAUAAAUUGUUAGUAGUCUUCAAAGAGUGAGAAAGAAAAAAAGAACAUAAACACGACAAAAAUGAUCUGCAGAAGAAAUGAUAUAAAGAUUUUACAUUUCUGGUUGAAAAAAUUCAAAGAACAAAAAAAAAGCUAAAUCUUCAUCUCCUUCUUCCCCAUUCGCAAAUGUCACUCCAAAAACAAAAAAGUAGAUUUUUUUUUUAUUUUUUUUAGUCAAAUUAAAAUAUAGAAAUCAAUUAUGCCUGGCUCCAACCUGUCUGCCUUUUUCACAUAGGAACGACCCAAAUCUCUUUUCUCAGUCACUGUCGCGUACAUCAUCAAUGUCGAGAGUACAGAGAAUGUUGUCUUAAUCAAGCACUGACAGUCCGGUACUUUGUUCCGCUCGCCGCCGCCGAUGAUGGAUUACGGCGGCGGCGGCGGCGAAUCGCGGUUGCUUCUCAGGUUCUCUGUUCAAAUGGGUGUUGAGAUGGAAAGAGAAGAACGGAUUUGAUAUAAAAGCAACGGCUAAAGAUAAGAAGAGAGAGAGAUCAUUGGAAGAUGAGAAGGCAUUUUCAAAGUUGCAAACUUUUGGUGUUGGUUCAGUUUUUUUUUUUUUUCCUUCGUUUUUGCUUUACGGUUCGAGACACCGUUUUGUCUCCCCAAGGAAAAAAAAAUAUUGGUUACAUAUUUCAAAGUUUUGUAGUCUCUUUACGGUAAACAGAAAAUUAAAAUUUCAUGCCACGAGAGAGAGAGGGGUAUAUUUAAUGCAAACUUAAAUUUGAUCUGUAUCAGCCUAAAAUUAGAAUUAGCUCUAACCUA